CUGAAUUAUUUGAUUGGUCGGUCUUGUGGACAGCCGUUGAGCUGCACUCUUGUUUCGUCUGGAGCCUUUUAGGUCUUAAACAACGUUUUGUCGUUUUUAAACCAUGGGUCGAACAACAAACUGGAUUUCUUUGUUUCUGCCAUUACUGUGGCUGAACUUGGUAGCGACUAGAAGAGAGACACAUUCCCUCCAUUACAUCUACACCGCCCUCUCGAAAGAUCUCACUCUCCCAGGCAUCCACAAGUUCACUGCCAUGGGUAUGCUGGACAACAGGAUGAUUGACUACUUUGACAGUGAAAAUAAAGAGAAAGUUCCCAAACAGCCCUGGAUGAAGGAUCGACUGGAAGCAGAAUACUGGGUCAAAGGCACACAGUCCCGCCAGAGCAAGCAGCAGUGGUUCGAAGUCAACAUCAACAUCCUGAGGGAUCGUAUGAGACAGAAUGACACAGAUCUCCAUGUUCUUCAGUGGAUGCAUGGCUGUGAGGGCAAAAUGCAGGAAGACGGCACAAUGAAGUUCUACCGUGGCAUGGAUAGAUACAACUACGACGGGGCCGACUUCCUGUCAUUUGACGACGCUCACUCAGUCUGGGUCGCCCCAAUCCAAGCAGCAGAAGAGACCAAGAGGAAGUGGGAUGAGGUCCCAGUCCUGAAGGAUUACACCAAAGGCUACCUGGAGAAUGAGUGUAUGCAGUGGCUGAACAAGUUCUGGAGUUAUGGGAUGAAUCAGCUCAAAACAGCCUCUCCACCUGAGGUGUACGUGUUUGCACGAGACACCAACGUCGAGUCAAACAUCCGUUUGACGUGCCUGGCAACAGGUUUCUACCCCCAAGACAUCAUCAUGUGGAUCAAAAGGGACGGCCGCAAACUGUAUAGAGAGGACGGACUGCAGAGCUCGGGCGUUCGACCGAAUGAAGACGACACGUUCCAGAGACGAGACAGUGUGGAGAUCUUAAGGCAGGACAAGUCCAAAUACACCUGUGAGGUCAUUCAUGAGGCAUCCAGUGUGUAUGUGACGAAGGAGUGGGAAAACUCAGGUUCUGGCUCAGGAGUAGCCAUUGGUGGGGCAGUCGGAGGGAUCCUGGUCCUGGUCCUGGUCGCUGUGGUGCUGGUGGUCUUAAAAAAGAAAGGCAUCAUUGGAGGUGGAAGUAAUGGAUCCCAAGGUAACACACCUGAUGUUCAACGUCCGCUGAAUGGAAACAGCAACGGUCCAACAACUGUAGCAGCAGAUAACACGAGUGACAAGGGGUCUCAGGGUUCUGGAAGCAGUGACUCCGGUGUGUCCAUCAGUAUUGGACAAGACGGACGAACCUCGAGCCCCGAGGCCGCCAAUCUCCUGCCGCAGGUCUGAAGAGUCUGUAGAUGAUUGUCAUCAGAGUGAGACUCUCUGAAUUUUACCAAGAUCCCAACUGGGUUCAUUUGAGAUAGAAAUUUAAAGGGAUUUUGAAAAUCAACACAAACACAGAACACAAAGCUCAAAAAUGUCUCAACGUCCACUUCAGAAUCUAUUUUUUCAAAGGUCACUGUAAAAUUCUGUCAAACUCUAACAUAUUGUAUGACAUUUUCCCCCAAAUGUGCCGACAUUAUUUAAUCUGUUUGUUGAUAUGAUUGUAAUAAUGACAGUCCGUCUUUUCCAUCGCUGCAUCCGAAGUGUCAGAAGUCAUUAGAUGAUGAUUCUUAUUGUAUCGUGUGACGUGAGCCAGCCUGGUUUUUAUGCGUGCAGGUUUUAAGUCUAGUUGAUGCGGUCGCAGAACACUGUUUAUUUAUGUCAUUGUAAAGGACAGUUCAGAGAAAAGAGACAGACCAAGCUAAUGGGCCCUCCAGAGCAGCGUUUUUUAACCUUUAUCGUGCUGUCGCCUUUCUUUUUCAGUCUUCUUCCUCUUCAAAAAACAAACUCAAACCAAAUGCUGGAAAAGCAAAAUUCCAGGAUUCAGGAAAAGUGAUUAAAAAUUCAGACGUUUGUGCUUUAAAGAGAGAAAUCAGAAAAUGAUUGGUUGGUGUAGAGAUCUUUAAUGUUGGCUUCACUCCGAGCAUAAAACUGGAUCUAUACAAAAGGAGCUUUUGGUGGAAAUGUUUGUACCAACUUUAAAACAGUCGUUCAAAUUUCACUUCAGUUGAUGACAUCUUGAUUAUAGAUGAGAGGAGCAAAAGAAGAAGAGUGAAAAUGAAACGUGCGCUUGUUGUGUUUCAGUCAGGAUGGACGUGACUGUUUAUGCACCAGCUGAUACCAGUAAGAUUAUUUUCCCAUUUUUGUAUCUAAACAAUCAUUUUCUGACCUGUUGAUGCAGAACUGAGAGUAAGAAAGGCUCAGAUGUUGUGAGGAAAGAUGGAUGAUUCAAUAUUUCUUUGCUCUUGUUCCUGGUUGAUCACAAACCAACUUCUAAGUCACUUUAUCAGGGUUUGUAAAUAGUUUGCGGUAGUCUGGCUUCAUAUUAUCGGCUCUAUGUAUCAGCUUUACCUUCACUGAUAACCACUGAUGUAUAUUUUCUAAUAUCAGCCGAUAAAUAUAGUGCAUCAGAAGAAUUUUCAUUUUGCGUAAGAAUCCUUAACAGAAGUCUGACAAAAAGAUGGAAUCAAAAGAACAGAAACAAACGUGUCAAAAGAAUAAUUGUUCAUACAAAAUCAAGAUUAAAUUGGAAGUUUGAAGAGCAGAAUUGAUGCUUUGAUACUCGUUCUCAAGCUCAUCUGCACUUAUCACUUAUUACUAAUUACUAGCUGCGUCAAAACAGGGAAACAUUUGGAAAGAAGCUUUUACAGAUUGCAGUCGUGUAGAAUGACUGACGAGAUCUGUAGUAAACACUGGAAUCAUGAAGCAGCAGUGAGCGAGUGACACGUUUGUUUCCGAUAUCAUGGAUUGUAGACUGUAGUGACAAAUAUCUGAUAUUUGAAGCUUCUGUCCAAAAAGUUAGAAUUAGUCUAAGUAAUUAAUUUUCCUGGGAAUCAAUGUGCCAAUUUAUGGAUGAUAAAGUAAUGCUGAUAUUUUUGUUCCUGUUUGUUCUUUUUGUUUUCACCUGUCAGUCUUUUGACUGUUCUUGUCUUUUUUUGAGUGAUUUUAUUUGAAUUGUGUGAAAUCAAUAAUGCACUUGUUCAAUAAAUAAAGCAAAAUAUUCCGAAA